UUGUGUCAUUACAAAAGAUAUAUAUUGCUGAAAAGAUAAGGAUUUUUUUAAUGAAAAUCAAUGGAUUUAUUUCACAAUAAAAUGAGAAUGUAUUUUGGAUAAUAAACGCAAUUUUGAAAAUGGCGUUAACGUCGUGAUAUGACGUCACAAAUUACUCUUAACGUCGUUUCCAUAGUACGCGCCUGAGAGACAUAACAGUAAGUUCAUAAGACGUGUUGAAAACGCAGUGUUGCAAUAAUACCACCAUUCAAAUAUGAAACAAAUUACAUCAAAUAAAAAAAACAUCUGUGACAGCUUCCGUCAUGUCUAGCAAAAACGACCCCGACGCAACUGAUUUGGACUACUACUCAAAACCCGAAAACUACACCGGCUCAAACCUCCAGGCAUUGCAGAAAUUCAAGUCCGACAAAAAUAAGGCAGACAGUGCCUCAAAAAAGAAGGAGAAAAAGAAGAUCGUCAAAGAUGCCAAGUACUAUUUCUUCCACCAGUACAAACACAUCUUGAAAGACGUCAUAUUUAUAGAUGACCUGAUCGAUCGGGAGCGGGACCCGGAUAGCGAAGAUGAGUCAGGGGACGAGGAUGUGGCUGCCACGGACGCUAAGUCCACCACCGCGGACGGCCUCCAUCCCAUUUAUGAGGAUGAAGGUCACAUCCCGAUAGACGGCAAGAGCCACGGUUCGUGCUCUAACGACACCUUCUCCCCCGGCCACGGCCCUCAUGCGACCGCUAGCGGCACGGACGAGCUGUGUGUGACGCCGGACUCUGGGGGCUUUGGAACACCGGGUGGCAAGAAGCGGAAUAUGCUCACGCCCAGCCCCAGCGGACGCCAGUCCACUGCCAUACAGAAAGUGGUGGCUAAAGAAUACAGACGUAAACAGCUGAGGGAUAAAUUCAUCACCUGCAUCAAAAGUGUAAAGGCUGUUUGUAGAUUGUCAGCAUCAGCGAAAAACAAAGCAGAUACAAUCAAAAGGCAAACAGAUAUGCCUGGUAUGCGGACGUUCAUGGACAUCGCAAACGAAGAGUCGACCACCGAAGAGAACAUGAAAAACGCCGGUCUUUCAUUCGACCCCAACUACUUCAAGGCCAUACGAGAGAUCUCAUUGAGCUCAGAAACCAAGAAUAUUCUAACAACUAGUCCAGACAGACGAACGCCGGAGCAUGUACAAACGGCGAUGUUCGGUCUGCAGUGUCUUCGCUCGUAUGCGGAGUACCCGCUUCACAUGCAGGAAAAGCUUGCUAAGGUCGCUUGGUAUGAAGUUGUCGCCCCAAAACGCAUCAUUAUUCGCCAGGGUCAUUUCGCUGAAAACUUCUACUUCAUUCUCUCAGGACAUGCGGUUGUGACCAUCCUCUUAAAGAACCCAAAGACCGGUGCAACAUUCGUGAAAACAGCAACAAUCAUGAAAAAGGGAAUGAGCUUUGGGGAACUGGCAUUGCUGCAUCACUCAAAGCGAACGGCCACAGUGACCAGUCAGGACACUGUGCAACUGCUGUCCAUCGGGCGUGAAGAUUUCUUCGAUAUUUUCAUGUCCGUGGAUGGCGAUGACAACAUGCCGCAUCAUAUUCGCUUUGUCAGUAACCUUGACUUCAUGAAAGACUGGCCUAUCGAAGAGUUGAUCGAGCAUCCUGAACACUGCCUGCUUCAUUUCUUCAAACGGAAUACUACAAUCGUCGCCAAUAGCAACAAUUCGGAAUGGUUGUACAUAGUCAAAUCGGGAUCGUGUGUCGUUAUCAAAAAACUGAAAGGGGUGACUGCGCAAGCGACCAGGGCCAAACCAAAGGUCAAUGACGAUGACUUCCUCCCGCCAAAGGUCAAGGCCAUCGUAUUCGCUCCAAAAGUGGACUCUGGUCUUCGGAGUAAACCCAACUCCACAAAAGAAGAGGACAAAGAUAAAAAGGAGGAGGGGUCCGAUAACACACAAACGAAAUUCUCGAGAGAGGCAUAUAGCAAAAAUCCUGCAACGAAACCAGCCCACUUCUCAUCAAAGAGCAGUUUCGCGAAGAGGAAGAAUUACGAGCUUCCCCCGGUGUGCGUCCCCAAGAAGCCGGAAGUGGAUCCGGAGGCGCUAGCGCCGCCUAAGCCCGGUCCUGUAUUCGUGCAGGUUGCCAUUAUGAAACCAAGGGACGUCUUUGGACUUGAUUCCCUAAGAUUUGAAGGCGAUGUUCAGCGAGCUCAUACCUCAGUCAGUCUGGUAAGCCGUGGAGCAGAGUGUAUCAUGUUGUCCAAGGAUUUCUUUGUGAAGCACGUGAACACGGCCGUCAGGAUGCGCCAUCGGGAGACCGUCCAACAGUACCCGGAAGAAAAGAUCUUCCAGGACAACCUCCAAAUCAAGGAGGACUGGACGGCUUACCGAAAAGUGCUUCUUAAUGACAUCACCAGUAGGAUCAAGGAAAACUCGAAUAGAUUUAUGUCGUAGCUUGGCUGCAAGUGGAACCGUCAUAGAUGCUCUGUAAAUGUGUGUAUUUUAAUGUCAUAUCUCAAGGAUCUGUGAUAUAUUUAGUGGUAUAUUUUGUGACCAAAAAUGAAUCAAAGUUAUAUCUCAUGCCAG